UUUUUGGGUCAAAGAUCUCGUAUUUUUAAAAAAAUAUUUAUUUUUUAGUUAUUUUUUGGUUUUCUUGUUUUGUUUUGAGCAUAGUUAUUUAUCAUAUAUACCAUGAGUAUACUUCAAAGAACCUCACUAUCAGUGACAUCGCAAGAAGCGAGAAACUCCACAGACUUUGAACGAGCAUCGAGGUUGGGAUCAAGUAUAUUAAAUAUUAAUAGAAUUGCUAUAAAGGAACUGCCUAAAGAGACCCCAGUAACAACAGAAUACUCCAAAGAUGAAACCAAAAAACUUAUAAAGCACCUUAAAAGACCAAAGGCGCAAGGCGUUACAAAGACUAUGGUUGGAAAUAAGUCACGUAAAGUGGCCACAAAGCCCCGAGAGGCGGUUCCAUCCCAUGCCAUUUUACCAUCUAUCAAAAAGAGAGAGAAAUCUCAGGCAAGCUCUAAAGAAACGUCACGGAGAUCAAGUCAAAAAUUGUAUUUCCUUGAUCGUUUCUCUAGAAAUUACCUUUUCGAUUCUCCUGCAAAUCGGUCUAGUGUCAUGUCUAUGGGAUCAAGCACCUCCGUUUUAUCUAGAAAUUCCACAAGUUCGCGGAGAUCUAGAGGCAGGAAUAGCGGAAAUAGGCGUCCCAUAAACAAAGCUGGAUACUGGGGUCGUUAUAAAAUAUAUGUUUUAAAACCUAAGAAGCCAAAACUAGCUGAAAUAGUACAGGACACCCCGACAGAUUCCUAUAAUGUGCAGAUACAGAUCGUCGAAUCAUUAGAAUCCUUACAUUCAAUACAUCACCAGCAAUACACUAUUUCUGAUUCUGAUUCAAAAAAAGCGUUAACUAGUAUUUAUUCGGAAACUGAUUCCGAAACGGAGUCAACUGUAUCGGAACACGGAAGUGACUUUCAAGAUACAGCUUAUGAGGAACAUUCUGAAAGACUUAAGUUUUUGAAAAUAUUUGGUAGUCUACCUGAUAUUAGCAACCUCUCUGCUAGUGACAAUGCUGAGAAUAUAGAGUUGCCCAAAGAGAAGGACAAAUUAAUUGCAGUCGUCCAGAAAAAAAAAGAUCAGCGAGAAUCGGACUCAUUUGCGGAUCUCCAAGUGGAUACUGAGUACACCGAAAAUCUAGACCAGAAAACACAUAGUCUAGAAAUCGGUAGCGAAUCUGUAAUCGAAACUGAUAAUGAAAUCUAUAAUGAGAUUGUGGAUCAUGAAAGCCCAGAUAAGGAUAUUAGUGAACAUUUAUUUGGCAUCCGGAUCAAUUCAACGAUCUUCAACGAUUCCACAUCGGAUCUGUUUAAUGAGGUUCAUAUGGCAAAUGUUGCGGUGGUUGAGCAGUUCCUGACUUCAUUAAUAAAUGAUGUGGUUGAAUAUGAUGAAAGAACUUCCGUCCGAUUAAGACGACUGCUGGACAAAGAAAAGAUGCUGGAGGAGCUGUCUCAGUUGGUAAUCGAAUACCAAUAUGAAAUACAUCGCAAUCAGGCUCUCGAGAAGAUCACCACAGAUUACUAUGUAAGGCGUAAGGAGUUUUCCUUGGUUAGCGAGGAAAAGCAAAUCGACACGAUAAACCGCGAAAGGCUGAUGGCUGCUCUGGUAGAAUUGGAUGAUCGUUUGCAGCAAAUUAAGCUGACUGAAGAGUUAAGUGUUAAACAAAUCAACGAUUUGAUGGAGCAGGAGGCAGCAGCCCGCGCUUUGGAUGACCAGAUAUUAGCCACACUUGAAGCAAAGGUCAGGGAAACAGUCUGCAAAGAGGGAUUCGAUCGCGUAACGAUUGUAGUGAAUGACCUCCUCAAAAAAAUGAACAAGACCCGCGCUGAGACAUCCGCCAUACGAGAGGAAUUGCUUUUUGUUCAGCAUCGCUUGCAGGCCUUAAAAACCAAAUCGGAAAAAUUGGAAAAUCUUGGCAAUGGCCUCCGUGUCCUUGAAUAUAUUUCUAAUCAUGCCGAAAAUAAUGCUCUGAGUCUUAAAAAUAAGGAAAAGGAAAUAGAACUUAGGCGUUUUCGCGACCGCAAAACCUAUGAUCUUCAUGCGAUGGCCCAUUUGAAGAAUAAGAAGAAAAUGAACGAGGAGCUGCUUGAAAAUUUAAAGACGAAGCUAAAAACACUGUUGCAGAAGAAGAAGCACCUCAGAGCCCGUCAUUACCAGGAAAUGGUGAGACACGAGCGGGUGAAGAAGAAGAUACUCAAGCUGAAAAGGGACGGCUGUUUGAUGCAUUAUCCGGAUUUGUUGCUGGACUACGAUGCAACCGUGAAUCAUGUGAGGAGCAAGCAAUUGGUAGUCAGGAAGCUCCGGCUGGAACACAUUCGUCUGGAGGAGAAGAUCUCAGAGGUGGACACCCAUAUCCAAACUUUGCACACUUCACUCAGAACGAAACUGAGUCUUGCCUCCGUAUCCUUAAAACGGCUGAGCAAUAAGAGCCAAGUCAGAAUAAAAAGGUAGCAUUUACUAGAUGUCAAUUUCUGUAUAUUUGUAGGGACACUUAUAAAACAUAAUAUAUGUGCUUAAUUUUUGAAACUUGA